AUUUCCUCACACUGAAACCACCACAACUGCCUGUGAGUCCACUGAUUGGUACUCCUCUUCCUCUGCUGCUUGUGCCUGCACCUUUUGCGUUUGUUUUCUCUGCCUUCCACAACAACCACCACCGCCUCUCUCACAACAACAAGCAUUCACCGCACCAACCAUUGAAAGCCAAACAGCCUGCGAUCAAACCACAUCAGAGCCACCGUUUUUUUUUUCUCUCUCUCUCCAACAAACGAACCAACCAAGAUGAGCAACGAGGGCAAAGCCGACAUCGCCUUGAUUGGCCUGGCUGUCAUGGGCCAGAACUUCAUCCUCAACAUGAACGACCACGGCUUUGUGGUGACUGCGUACAACCGCACCGUUGAGAAGGUGGACCGCUUCAUGGCAAACGAAGCCAAGGGCACGAACGUGAUCGGCGCCCGCUCGAUUGAGGAGAUGGUCAAGUCGCUCAAGCGCCCGCGCCGCGUGAUGAUGCUCGUCAAGGCCGGGCCCGUCGUCGACACCUUCAUCGACCAGAUUGUCCCGCACCUUGAGAAGGGCGACAUCAUCAUUGAUGGCGGCAACUCCGAGUACGCGGACACGACGCGCCGCACCAAGACCCUCAAGGAGAAGGGCAUCCUCUUCAUCGGCACUGGCAUCUCUGGUGGCGAGGAGGGCGCCCGCUACGGCCCAUCUCUCAUGCCUGGCGGCAACCCAGAGGCCUGGCCACAUGUGAAGGAGAUUUUCCAGAAGUGCGCUGCGCAGGUUGACGGGGAGCCGUGCUGCGACUGGGUUGGCGACGAGGGCGCCGGCCACUACGUGAAGAUGGUGCACAACGGCAUCGAGUACGGUGACAUGCAGCUCUGCUGCGAGGCCUACCACCUCAUGAAGGAGUGCCUUGGCAUGUCGUGCAAGGAGAUGAGCUCUGUGUUUGCGGAGUGGAACAAGGGCGAGCUCGACUCGUUCCUGAUUGAGAUCACGCGCGACAUCCUCGCCUUUGAGGAGGACGGCGAGCCCCUGCUGGAGAAGAUCAUGGACAAGGCUGGCCAGAAGGGCACGGGCAAGUGGACCGCCAUCAGCGCCCUGGACAUGGGCAUGCCUGUCACGCUCAUUGGCGAGUCUGUGUUUGCGCGCUGCCUCAGCGCCAUCAAGGACGAGCGCGUGGCUGCGAGCAAGCGGCUGCCGGGCCCGCCCACCUCCAAGUACGACGGCGACAAGAAGGCCUUUGUGGAGGACAUUCGCCAGGCGCUGUAUGCGUCGAAGAUUGUGUCGUACGCGCAGGGGUUCAUGCUCAUGCGGCAGGCUGCCACGGAGUACGGCUGGAAGCUCAACUUCCCCGCCAUUGCCCUCAUGUGGCGCGGCGGCUGCAUCAUCCGCAGCGUGUUCCUUGGCAACAUCCGUGACGCCUUCAAGAAGAACCCUGAGCUGACCAACCUGCUGAUGGACGACUUCUUUGCCAACGCCAUCACCAAGUGCCAGGCUGCCUGGCGCCGCGUGGUUGCUGCAGGCGUCACCCUGGGCGUGCCCACCCCCGCCUUCUCCACUGCGCUCGCCUUCUACGACGGCUACCGCUCCGAGCGCCUGCCUGCCAACCUCAUCCAGGCCCAGCGCGACUUCUUCGGUGCACACACGUACGAGCGCCUGGACAACCCGGGCAAGUUUGUGCACACCAACUGGACCGGCCGCGGCGGCAACGUGUCCUCCUCCACAUACAACGCCUAAACCCAGCCCCCCACCUACCCACAGGUGCACGCAUGCCCCGCGUACGCUGGCUUCAACUCCAAUCUCUCCUUUUGCCCUCCUUCCUCCCCCCUACCCUUUCUUGCCACUUUCACCGCCACCACCCGUGUUGUCCCAGUCGCCGCCCUGCGCCACCGCUGGGGAUUGUGAUGGUGCCUGUGGCGUUCCUGUGGUGUUGUACGCUGGUGGUGUUUUGUUUCCUCUCCUGUGCGCCGUUCUUGUUGCGUGUCUUGCUUGUUCGGCCUCCGCCUUGCUUGUUGCUUGCUGCAAUAGCGCAAGAGCAGUGAUGCAACCACACAUGUGCCGUGCUUGUUGCCUUUGCCUUUUGGUGUCAUGGCUUUCUUGCUUGUGGUGCCCUCUCGUUUUCUGCAGGCACCACAUGCGCACGACCUGUUUGUGUGAUGCUGCGCUUGUUGGGUGGCCUGCGUUUCUUCUUCUUGUUCCAUCUUCUCCAUCUUAACCAACUCCCGCACAUGAAUACAUUCAUUCACGCCAA